AAAAUCGGGAAUCACAUGUCUAGAAAAGUCGGAAAGCCGCUCACUUCAUUCUCCUUGGCCGCCAUGUUUCUGCAAGGAUUACGGAGUGUAACCAGGACUGGCCUAAAACCUGGACAAGUUACACGAUUCUUAAGACAAAGUCAACGUCUAACACUCCCGGCAGCUUACCAACUAUGUAACCGUCGAUAUGUCUCCACUCACAAACCAGUUUCGGCAGCAGCGGCCGCGCAAGCAAGUCCAAAAGCAUCUACUCCUAGUGCCACCCAACCUGGUGCAGUCGGAAAAGUUGUAGCUGUAAUUGGUGCUGUUGUAGACGUACAGUUUGAAGAUGGUCUUCCACCCAUUCUCAAUGCUUUAGAAGUUGAAAACAGGAGCCCCCGUUUGAUUCUUGAAGUAGCUCAACAUCUUGGUGAAAAGACUGUACGUACUAUUGCUAUGGAUGGUACAGAAGGUCUUGUGCGUGGUAAUAAAUGCAUAGAUAGUGGUGGACCAAUUACAAUUCCAGUAGGACCUGAAACAUUAGGAAGAAUUAUUAAUGUUAUUGGUGAACCUAUUGAUGAAAGAGGUCCCAUUCCAACUGACAAGCGAGCUGCUAUUCAUGCUGAAGCUCCAAGCUUUGUAGAUAUGGGUACAGAACAGGAGAUUCUUGAAACUGGAAUCAAAGUUGUAGACCUUCUUGCACCUUACGUAAAGGGAGGAAAGAUCGGAUUGUUUGGAGGUGCUGGUGUAGGCAAAACUGUACUUAUUAUGGAGUUGAUCAACAAUGUUGCCAAGGCUCAUGGUGGUUAUUCAGUGUUUGCUGGUGUUGGUGAAAGAACACGUGAAGGCAAUGACUUGUAUCAUGAGAUGAUCAUGUCAGGUGUCAUCAACCUUAAGGACAAGAGCUCUAAGGUGGCACUUGUGUACGGACAGAUGAAUGAGCCCCCAGGUGCUCGUGCCAGAGUGGCCCUUUCAGGUCUGACUGUUGCUGAAUAUUUCCGUGAUGCUGAAGGCCAAGAUGUGUUGUUGUUUAUUGACAACAUCUUCCGUUUCACCCAGGCUGGUUCUGAGGUAUCAGCUUUGCUUGGUCGUAUUCCAUCUGCUGUAGGAUACCAACCUACUCUUGCCACUGACAUGGGUACUAUGCAAGAAAGAAUUACCACCACAAAGAAGGGAUCCAUCACCUCAGUACAGGCUAUCUAUGUACCAGCUGAUGACUUGACUGAUCCUGCUCCAGCCACCACUUUUGCUCACUUGGAUGCCACAACUGUCUUGUCACGUGGUAUUGCUGAGUUGGGUAUUUAUCCUGCUGUAGAUCCUCUAGAUUCCAUUUCUCGUAUUAUGGACCCAAAUAUUGUAGGAGGUGAACACUAUGAAACUGCACGAGGUGUACAGAAGAUUCUUCAGGACUACAAGUCUCUACAAGAUAUUAUUGCCAUCUUGGGUAUGGAUGAGUUGUCUGAAGAUGACAAACUCACAGUUUCCCGUGCCCGUAAGAUCCAAAAAUUCCUUUCGCAACCUUUUGUGACAGCUGAGGUAUUCACUGGACAUCAAGGAAAGCUUGUACCCCUUAAGGAAACAAUUUCUGGCUUUCAGAAAAUCUUAAGAGGUGAAAUGGACCAUCUUCCUGAGGUUGCUUUCUACAUGGUAGGAGACAUCAACGAGGCUGUUGCCAAAGCUGAAAGGCUUGCCGAAGAAGCCAGCUAAACUGCGUACAUGUGAAUGUCCUACUAUUUUUUCGUACACUCUCUUUGUAUGCGGAUGUUUGAAACCUUAUGGUUGAGAAGUGAGAAAUUUGUGAUCAUUGAAUCUGCAGUUGCUUUGCCAAACUGACAGUUUUAUUUCUAGGUGUUUAUUGGAAAACAAUAAAAAUAAUAAAUCUUUGGUGAA